GGGCGGGGAGGGCGGAGGGGCGGGAGGCGCCGCGCUGCUCCCGGCUCUGCUCGCUCGGGCGUCGGACCGGAGCGGCCCGGGGCGCGGGCGGCCCAGAGGAGCUGGCCUGAACCUCGGGGACUCUGGGGACUUCAGCUCUCCCAGGAGAAUCGAUCCCAGGAGCCGAAGCAAUGGCCUCAAAGCCUGAGAGGAGGGUCGCCUCGUCUGUCUUUAUCACUCUGGCCCCCCCACGUCGAGAUGAGGCUGUAGCUGAGGAAGUGAGGCGGGCAGUUUGUGAGACUCGGCCUGGCCGCCCCUGGGAAUCUCCUGCCCCCACGAAGACACCCGGGGCUGGCUCGGCGGUGAGGCCGGGCCCCUGGACACCCCCCGGCAGAGCCGCAGCGGCAGUGCCAGCUAUACCCCCGCAGCUCUCCAAUGGAGGACGUUCUCUUCCUCCUCCUACCCUGGGUGGCAAAGACGCACUCCCCGACCUGGACCUCCUCCCACCUCCGCCGCCGCCCCCUCCAGCAUACCUGCCUCCUGCUGAUGGGGAGCCCCCUGCCCCAAUGGGCGCCUCCCUCAUUUCGGACUUAGAGCAGCUGCACCUGCCCCCACCUCCGCCCCCACCACAGUCCCUGGCGGAGGGGCCUCCUCUCCAGCCUCGGCCCAAUCAUCUCAGGCCAGCAGAGGACGAGCUGCCGCCUCCCCCUGAAGAGCCUGCUGGCUUCCCCGAGAGAGAGGCAUCAACAGACGUCUGUGCUUUCUGCCACAAGACUGUGUCCCCCCGAGAGCUGGCCGUGGAAGCCAUGAAGAGGCAGUACCACGCCCAGUGCUUCACGUGCCGCACCUGCCGCCGCCAGCUGGCUGGGCAGAGCUUCUACCAGAAGGAUGGGCGGCCCCUCUGCGAGCCCUGCUACCAGGACACCCUGGAGAAGUGUGGCAAGUGUGGCGAGGUGGUCCGGGAGUACAUCAUCAGGGCCCUGGACCGGGCCUUCCACCCCAGCUGCUUCACAUGUGUGACCUGCGCCCGGUGCAUAGGGGACGAGAGCUUUGCCCUGGACAGCCAGAAUGAGGUGUACUGCCUGGAUGACUUUUAUAGGAAAUUCGCCCCUGUGUGCAGCAUCUGUGAGAAUCCCAUCAUCCCCCGGGAUGGGAAGGAUGCCUUCAAAAUCGAGUGCAUGGGAAGAAACUUCCAUGAAAAUUGCUACAGGUGUGAGGACUGCAGGAUCCUCCUGUCUGUGGAGCCCACAGACCAAGGCUGCUACCCGCUGAAUGACCGUCUCUUCUGCAAGCCGUGCCAUGUGAAGCGGAGUGCUGCAGGGUGCUGCUGAGAGCACCCGCCCUGCCUUGGGGCCUGAGCCACCCACUAGCCCCAGUCGGGCGGGGGUGCUUCCCUGACUCGGUUUCCCUUCCUGACCUGCUCUUUCACACUCUCCUUCCAAGCCACAACAGAGACCAGCCUGCAGCUCUGCCCAUCAUGUCUGGGACACAGGGGCUGAGCCACCCCUCCCCCGAGCUAAGAGUUGGGGGGCUGUCACAUAGUACCCCUCAAACUUUCAACUGCUCCUUCUACCCUCUGGGCUCUGGAAGGCUUCCAUACCGUGAGCAUCAUGCCAUAGUUCCCAUCUCCGAGGCUCUGGCCCCUCUUGAGCGCUGGCCUUGACCCCAUUUCUAGGGGUGAGUUGGGGCGAGUCUCCAGAUGGCACCCUGUGUCCUUUGAAGUGACACUGUAGGUGGCCGGUAGGGGGUGCUGAGACCAGCUCUUGCUUGUAGGACUGAGCUGUUGGAG